GAAGCCGCGGUGACAAUUACGUGUGGGUCCAAGCAAACAUGAGGCAGCUGCCAGCCGGCUGGGGCAGAGUCCCGUCUGCCGGGGCUGCAAGGUGGCGAGGCCGGCAACAGUUUCCUUCCUCCCGUGCCCAGCAUGCAGCAGGCUAAGGAAGGGAUGAAGGCAUCGGACGGCAGCCUCCUGGGGGACCCUGGGCACACACCGCUUAGCAAGAAGGAGGACAUCAAAUGGCAGAGGCCACGGCUCACCCGCCAGGCCCUGAUGAGAUGCUGCCUGGUCAAGUGGAUCCUGUCCAGCACAGCCCCGCAGGGCUCAGACAGCAGCGACAGUGAGCUGGAGCUGUCCACGGUACGCCACCAGCCGGAGGGGCUGGACCAGCUGCAGGCACAGACCAAGUUCACCAAGAAAGAGCUGCAGUCCCUCUACAGGGGCUUCAAGAAUGAGUGUCCCACGGGCCUGGUGGAUGAAGACACCUUCAAACUCAUCUACUCACAGUUCUUCCCUCAGGGAGACGCUACCACCUACGCACACUUCCUCUUCAACGCCUUCGACGCCGACGGGAACGGGGCCAUCCGCUUCGAGGACUUUGUGGUCGGGCUUUCCAUCCUGCUGCGAGGAACAGUCCACGAGAAGCUCAAGUGGGCCUUUAAUCUCUACGACAUUAACAAGGAUGGCUACAUCACCAAAGAGGAAAUGCUGGCCAUCAUGAAGUCCAUCUACGACAUGAUGGGCCGCCACACCUACCCCAUCCUGCGGGAGGACGCACCCAUGGAGCACGUGGAGCGGUUCUUCCAGAAAAUGGACCGGAAUCAGGACGGGGUGGUGACCAUUGACGAGUUCCUGGAGACCUGUCAGAAGGAUGAGAACAUCAUGAGCUCCAUGCAGCUGUUCGAGAAUGUCAUCUAGGACGUGGGCAGGGGGCUGAGGCCACUGCCACCUUCACCCUCAAGUAACCUCAAUCCUGCCAGGAGCAGCCUCCAUGAGAAACUUUUUAAAAAUAUAUUUGGAAGUGAACAUUUUGCUCCAGACACACACACACACACACACACACACACACACACACACACACACACGUUCCUCUGGUCUGGCAGAGGGGAGCAGAGUUCGGGAGCGGCUGAGUCUGGCUAGGAGCCGAGUCCAGGUGACCAGAGCUGCACGGCCCCGGCCAGCCCUCCCCAGGCCAGCAGGGUGAGGCUGCCUCUGGGUGGGCAGCUGAAAGAACAGGCCUGCAGGCCACUGGCCACUAGACGUCACCAGGAGGGGCUCAAGUGUCCCUGCAGGGGAGGGUCCAGCCUCCAAAGCAAAGCCCCCUCCUGUUGCCCCACCUCACCCCUCCUCCACCCUGCUUUCCCCACAGUGGCUGGAACUCUCUGGCCUCUCCUCCCCGCCACUUCCUGCCCACUGACCUACGCUUCUAGAAAGCCCCUCACCACAGGACCCUGGAGGGGCCAGCUGGGGCCAAGGGAGUUCUGACUAGGAAAGGGGUGUGAUGGAGGCCGAGCCUGCUGCUUUCUGGAGAUGCGUCCCUGGGGCCCCGGGGCCCCUGCCCCCCUGACCUGGGAGAGCUGGGGCCUGUACCAGGCAUUCACUAUGGGCAAGCUUGGGUGGUGGGGGGCUGCUGAGCUCCAUCUCCCUCUGUCCAGGAAGGGAGGGCCUUUCAAGCUCAGGGUUUGGGUUUUUUGUUGGAGAAUCUGAGCUGACUGCUUGCCAACUCCACGAAGGCGAGGAGGGGUGGAGAAGCCUUCCCUUGCCCCAGUCCUGGCUCAGUAGGAAUAGUGGGUGGGGCUGUCCACACUCUCUAGCACCAGACUGUUCUCCACAAGAUCCUCCUAGGUCCUGGGAGGUCACAUGGCUCAGGGACUGGCCACCAGGGAGCCCAGGGGCAAUGCUCUGAGGGGCCUGGGAAGGGGUUCUCCCCUCCUCCUUCCCCUCCUCCCUCCUGUCUCGCUUGGCUGGGCCCCUCUCCUAAAGCAGGGUGGUCAUCCCUCUGCCUGGGCUCACCCUAACCCCAGAGAAAAAGCACAAGCAUCCCCAACAGCUCAGGCUCCAGCCCAAAGGGAGCCAAGGGCACUCCACUUUGCAGAGGCAAUGCCUUCCUGGUAGGCUGACGCCUGGGUCCCAGCAGCCCCGAUACAGGUGGCCCUGGGGGAGAAGCCUGGGGGCUCCAUUCUGUGCCUCAGAGCAGUGGGGACUUGAAGGCCAGCCCAGCACAGCCCAGCCUACCAACAUUCAAAAGCACAAACCCCAGGGACUCCGCUUGGCUGGGCUCAGCUGUAGGAAUGGAGGCCAAUGCCGGCCCGAAGAAGCUGGAACCAACAGUGAGGGCUGAGGGAGGGGUCUGUGGCUAGGCCACAGGCCAACAGAAACUUCCAGGAGAGAGAUGCUGCUCACACAUCCCCAGGCCUUGCAGAGAACGAACCCCGUCCCCGGCAGCAUGGGCCCUCCCAGGAACAUUCCCACACGAUACAUUCCAUCAGUGGCUGCCCAACUCUUCUCAGGCCUGGCCCCAGGAGUCCCUGGGCACCCCAAGGAGGCUAGCCCCCAGGUGAGCAGAGCCCUUGGAGGAAAGAUGGGAUGGCAGAGGUCUCGGGGGGCCCUUGGCACCCAUAUGCAGGUGGGCCUCCCCCUCAGAGCUGCAUUAACACCCAUCUCCCCUCCUCCAGGAGGGCAUCAGCUUUCCCUGGCUCAGGGAUCUUCUCCUCAUCCCCUGACACCCAGCCCAGCCCUCCCAGCGGGUGUCACUCUGCUUCUAAGGGGCCAAGGCCUCAGGGUCAGGCUGGCUGUACAUCCAACCAGGAGGUGUCUGCCUCCCACGCUGGGACAAGGACUGGCCGCAUGUCUGCAUGGCAGAAGCGUCUCCCCUGGCCAUGGCCUGGGAGGGUGGUUCCUGUUCUCAGUGCCCACCAACAUUCAGUCCUGUAUAUUUUAAUAAAAUAAACUUGACAAAGGA